AUGGUGGAAAUUGAAAGCGAUGUCGACCUCCAUCAGCUACUCGUCCCAACCCCUUCGAAUCAGGCGCCUCCGCGGCGCUCCUCCUCCUCUUCUUCCGGACCAGGCAGUGAUGCAGCGUCGUUUGUGAUUCCAGAGAAUCUAUCUAGGAGCAAUUCGGUCUAUUCCUUCUCGAGAGCCUCGUUCAGCAGCCAGAUUGCCAGCUUGACGGGGAUUAACAUACCCCAGGCUGAAUCCCUCGCUGCCACAGUCACCACCCUACCGACUGCCCGCAAAGCGAUCAAAGCCAUCACAAGCGCCGCUGAACAGAUACAAUCAUGGAACAAGAAGGCUCUGAAAGUACUGGAGAACUUGGACGCCGAUGAUGAUGUCGAAUGGGCAGCCGCGGCUGGAAGGUUGGGACUAGAGGAAACCGACAAGACCAUCCGGCAAUUCGAAACCUUGAUCAAUGUAUAUGUCAUCGCGAUUGAAGAGCUACAAGGACGCCGGGACAUUGGCGAUGUCAAACCGGAAGAGUUGCAGGCGGUCGUCGAGCAAAUGGAAGUCACUCUCGAGGGAUGGGGUAAUGUUCGCAAAAACCUAAAGAAGGUCCAUGAACAGGUGGAACUGGCCAUGGAAUGGGAAGAGCUAUGGGCCAAAGUCCUCGGAGAUGUGGGAGCAGAGAUGGACAGUCUCAGUCAAUUGGUGUUUGAGAUGGAAGAGAAAAGGCACAUGGCAUACCAGGAACAGAAGACCGAGACGGGUCCAAGCCAGGCCAUCGACCUGAACGAGUUGGAAAGCUUUAUUGACGAACCGUCCAACAGGAGGACCACCCCUAAUGCUCGCUUCAGUUUGCCGCCUUUUGAACAGUCCCCUCUGGGCUCUCCGAUCAUUGAGAAUCCUCAGGAUGACUCGAACCUCCUGGCUCUUUUCGCACGCAUGCAACCGCUUCGGGCAUCUCUAGAUUUCCUUCCAAUGCGCCUUUCGAUGUUCCAGUCGCGGGCAGAAAAGAUGUUUCCCAUGGCUUGCCGCGAGCUCGACGACAAACGGGAGCGCUUGGAAAGAAACUGGAUAGAGCUGUCAAAAGAGGCGGACAAUCUUCGUCGCGAGCUGAGUGAAGACCGAUGGGUGAUCGUCUUUCGGAACGCUGGUCGACAGGCACAGAAGAUGUGUGAGUCUGUGGAGCGGAGUAUCCUGAAGGUCAAGGAGGCCAUCAACGAAAACUACCAAGUGGUCAACCCUGCUGCCUUGGCCAGAAGGAUUGAAAGCUUUGAGGCGAAAAGGAUGCAUUAUGGGCCGGCCAUCAGCCGCGUUCUUGCCAUCAUCCAGAAAGGCCUCAAGGAUCGCUUGACGGUCAACGGAGAAAUUCUUCGCCUGAACAAAGAGUUGUCGUCCAGAAUGAGAGAUUUGACCGACACAAUGGAGGAUCUUGAAUCCCUCCUUGAGCCGUACACGACACAACAGAAUUCCAGACUCCGUGAGUCGAUCUCAAGCAUCGUCUCUGCAGAUCGUUCAUUCACGAGCACCACAUUUGCCGGGACUCCUGGCUCUUCACCUCCUUCGUCGGUUGAUCUGCCACCGCAACGAUCAGAACAGUCCACACCCAAAUAUGGACUCAACGGUUAUACUAAGCAUCGGACCUCAUCUUCCACUCGUCCGCCACCUCCAACUUCCGCCAACAGACGAGCGUCAAUACUCUCCCAAAGUAGGCGCCCUACCACGCCAAUGUCUCAGGCUAGUAGCAGCAGCAUUAGACGUGGAGUGUCACCAAUGUCAGGCAAGCCAUCGGUCUAUCGUCAGGGAGUCUACUCACCUCCAGUAAUCCCUGCCCCAUCUCGACCAGGCCCAACGCCGCUGUCGAACAAACCAAGAUGGUCCGCGGUAGUGAAACCUUCCGACACUACCUUGGCACCAACGUAUCGUUCGUCGUCCGCUCCUAAACCAGGCACCGCACGAAAAUAUACCCCGCGGUCAAUAUCAUCAAGCACAGCGCUGCCGCUGAGAAGUCCGCUGAGCCGGGAGGCCACUUCUUCACCCACAACAAUGCUGCCUACGCCUCCAAAGAAAGAGACCGAGCGAUUCCGAUCAUUUGCGGAGCGAGUCGCCGAUCCUUCGCCUCCGGGCCGGACGAGUCGACUCAUGGAUCCUGUUCCCUAUCAUCGAGCUCGCAACUCUAGUGUCCCUGCAGCUCGAACCAUCCGAUCACCAUCUUCUCUUGCAGUUCAUAGCCAGAAUAAGCCCACCAUGGGCGGGGCUACAGUCCCUAGGCCAGCAUCGUCUCUGAGCAGAAGCUAUGGCACCUCUCCUGGUCUACCCUUACGUUCAAUCACCCACAAUCCUAGAACCAUGUCGAGGUUAGGCCAGAGAGAGAUAUACUCUGAUGAACUUGAUCGAUUGAGUGACCACGACAACGAAGAGGAUGAUCAGGUUACAGAACCGAAUUCGAGUCCACUAUCGAAGCGAACUAUCACUCGGCCAAGCAGUGUUCUAGCGAUGGCCAAUGGAAAGGGGAAACGUAUGUCGUUACUACCUGUUCCGGUAGGCAGUGGCAGACAAAGUUCGUUGGGGUCGAGAAUGUCUUGA